UGGCCUUCCUUUCAUCGGAAAUGCUCACCAAGUAUUGGGAAAGAACAUGGUGACCGUCAUGAGCGACUGGGCAAAGGAAUAUGGUCCUUUGGUGUACAUCAGGCUCUUCGGCUACCCUGUCAUCCUAGUUAGUUCCACCGAGGUUGCAAAGGACCUUUUGGAGCAGAAGAACUACGGAGGGAGACCCAAUUUUAUUCUGGCGUCUACGGCCAUGCAGGGCGACAUGAUGAUGCCGUUUAUUCAUGCCAACGAAAGGUUCCAGAGGGUCCGGAAGCUGGUUACCACCGAGCUGCGUCCAACGGCAGUGACAGAAUACUUCAAUCCCAUUCAGUCUGCUGAAGUCCAUCGGCUAGUCCAGUGUAUGACGCAAACACCAGAACAAUGGGUUUCGCAUGUUUAUCGCGCUGUGGGAUCUAUCCUUAUGACUGCUGUGUACGACAAGCCUUUGAAGAGCGGAAAGGAGUCGGAUGUAAUGAUAAAGAAUGUUAUAAGAUUGAACGAUGAUCUUAUCAACGCCAUCGAUGGUGGCCAAAAUUAUGUCGACUUCCUGCCCUGGCUUCGGUACGUUCCGUAUGUCCCCUACAAAGCUUUCGCAGCGGCGUACUAUGAUCUGGCCGAGAAGACGUACAAAUACCUCAUGGACGAAGCCAAACAUAAAUUGGAGGCAGGUCUACCAGCGAAAGGCAUAGCUGCGAGACUUCUAGAAUCACAACACGAUGUUGAAGCUGACUACAGAGAGCAAUAUUGGGCUCUCGCAGCGUUCUACCUUGCGGGUUCCGAUACUCAGGCCAUUGCGUCUCAAAGCAUGAUCAUGGCAUUCGCUCUUAACCAGGAUGUACUUGCUCGUGCGCAAGCAGAGGUUGAUAGCGUCGUGGGCCCUGAUCGCCUUCCUUCGUUCGAGGAUGAACCCAAUCUGCCCUAUAUAAAAGCUAUGGUACGCGAAGUAUUGAGGUGGCGGCCAACGGGACCAACCGCCAUUCCACAUGCAGCAGUCGAGGAUGACGAGUACAAAGGAUAUUUCAUUCCUGGUGGCUCCAUGGUUAUACCCAAUAUUUGGGCAAUGCAAAUGGAUUCGAAGACUUUCAGGCAACCCGAGGCCUUCAAUCCACAACGCUACAUCGACGAUCCCAAUCUACCUUUCCAUGCGUUUGGGUUCGGCAGAAGAGCCUGCCCGGGACGCCGAGUCGGUGAACAGACUCUCUUUCUUGAGUUCGCCACCAUCGCCUGGGCACUUGACAUCAGACCGGCUAUCGAUGGAUCCACAGGCAAACCGAUUCCUAUCAACUCCGACAGGGAAACCGGGUUUUCUCCCGUUGGCCUCUUGAAAGCGCUUCCAUUUUCAGUCUCGAUCACGCCCCGAAGUCCUGCACGCACCAAAAUCCUGACUACUAUAGUAGACGCUGAGGACCUCUGAGGAAUUGUACGUAGCUCAAUAGCAAGGCUUUUGUUGUCGGCUUUCUCGUAUCUGCGGGCUAUCUUUGAAUUCAGUUGCAAGUUUUCUUGUUGUGCCUUGCUGUGUGUAUUCGGACUCCGGUCUUGUUGUGUUGUAUUUAUUACGUUUUGUAAAGUCAUGUUCAACUAAAAGUUAAUGGACUUAUUAUGCAGUU